AUGUAUACGUUGUCUGCCGGGAUAUGGGAAACUUUUUUCAAAAAGAAGGAUUAUUUUAUCGUUAUUAUUGGAUUAGACAACGCUGGAAAAACGGUGAGCAAGUUUUUUAUAUCGUUCAAGAAAUAGAAAGCCUUGAACGAUGUACCGAGCUAAAAUUAAUGUGAAUGACUGGAUUUCAGACGUUUUUGGAACAGACAAAGUCACAUUUCCUUAAAGAUUAUGGCAUGCUUAACCCUGCAAAGAUCACCACUACAGUGGGCCUCAACAGUAAUUCUUACACAUCAGGGAUUCAUCUAGGCUUGUUUUUGCAGUUGGAAAAGUGGUGCUGAACAACACAUGUCUGAACUUUUGGGACCUGGGAGGACAAGAAAGUCUUCGUGAACUGUGGCCGACCUACUUCGAGGAUGCCAACGCUCUCAUUUUCGUUGUCGAUGCGACAAGGAGGGAUCUCUUCUCUUCGAUAUCUCACGUUUUUAGUAAGCUUCUUCCAAUUACUCCCUCCCUCGGUAGAGAACUUUUGUUGCUUCAGAAGAAGUCAUGUCCAACGAAUUCGUGCAAGAGAUUCCAGUGCUUGUAGCCGUGAAUAAGAGCGAGAUGGAAGGCGCUGCCGCAGCCGCAGAGGUAUUUUUUUCAGAAAAAAUAUUAUUUUACGUAAUUUUAGUAGCUGAAACGCAUUUUCAUUCUGAAAUAAGAAUGUUCAUUUUACUUUUCGGUUGAGAAUUUUCUGAAAAUUGGUCAAAACACUUCUUAAUGUAUCAGAUGAAGAUCCUGGAGGUCUAUCUGCACAACUUUCUUAGUAUUCGAGAAAGGACACUUUAAAGCCAAAGAAAACACCUAAAAUGCCGUAAAUAGCCCAUUUAUAGGCUUUGAGCCUUUAUUUCUCGAAAACUAGAAAGUUGUGCAGGUUGAGACCUUCAGAUUCUUUCUCUUGUACAUUAAGGAGUUAUUUUGCCAUCUUUGAGGUAAUUCCCAACCGCGAAGUGCUCCUUAAAAUUGAAUUAGGCUGAUUUUUCAAACAUUUUGAAAUAUUCAAGGCUUUUCAAUUUAAUCAUUGGAGAAGUUCAGGUGAGGACAAUCCUGCAGGACGAAGAGCACCGCGCAGAUUUGGCCGUCCUCCCGGUGUCGGCUCUGGAAGGCACCAAUAUCGAAAGGUGUGUUCGUUGGAUCAUCCGUUCCCUCGGCAGCAAACCCCUUUACUUGUGAUUACUUUUGAAGCCGGUUUUUUGAAACAUUAGAGCGACGAGAAGUGAAAUUCAUUCCACGUCAAAAUAGUUCGAAUAUUCGAUAUUUUCCAUUCGUGGCUGAUGCUGUCUUUAAACCAUAGUCAGAAGCUCUGCGUUCCCAGAUUUAUCAUUUUCUUUUCCGAUAUGAAUCUCAUUUUUAUGGCCUCUUCUCAUAAUACAACUACUGAUUUUUUAUUGGGAAUUUGUUUGUAUUUAAGCCGAAACCAAUACAAAUCUAACUUAUUUUGUUAUAAUCCCAGGGACUCCCCAUUUUUCAUAAGCCUUUUUUUCGGUGACACUAAGAAUAACUGACGAGAUAAACGCGAGCUCGGUGGCGGUACAUUGACGAACUCGCAAAAAUGUCGCUUUUUUCUAGGCGCAAUCCCGCAUUUCUCUCGGCGCGACCUCGCAUUUUUCUCGGCGCCAUCUCGCAUUUAUCUUGCAUUUCGGAAAUUUUCAAAUUGCGAGAGAAAUGCGAGCUCGCGCCUAGAAAAAUGCGAGCUCGCGCCCAGACAAAUGCGAAACCGGCGCGAGAAAAAAAGCGAGAUGUUUGCGAGCUCGUCAAUGUACCGCCAGUGCCUCGCGUUUAUCUCGGCAGUUAUUCUUAGUGGAUCAGAACUCGUGGCUCUUAAAAAAAUAUUCUUUUUAUAGUCCAUCGGCGACUCUCCUAUUUUGA